CUGAUUUCAUGAAGUCCUGCCUUGACCCGCCACCAAGUUGAUCUUUCAUCAAAAUGGAGAAUAUUCAGACUACAGCAACGCGCUCGCUGGCAAAUUCGACCGUGCGGAUCAAGCCCCGCCGCGCCGGCGUGCCUUGUGUGCGAUGUCGCCAGAUGAAGGUAAAAUGUAAUGCAAGCCAGAGAUUUCCUGCAGCUUGUUCCGCUUGUGAGAAGGCAGGCGAGCGGUGCUCUGUUGACCCUUUAUUCAAGAGGGUGUCCAAGAGAAGUGUGAAACGUGUAUCCCGAGAAGGCAGUCCUGCAUACCGAACGCCUGAGUCUGAAGUAUCAAGCAGCGAGCCGACUUCUGUCCCACCGAGAUCCGACGGGCCUUGCUUGGACUCUCUAGCGAGUGUCACUGCCGAAUUGCGCGGCGCAAAGAGACAUGCCCGGUUUACCCAUGGGACUACCGGCAUUAACCUCUGGUCUGGAGCUGUGGCGGAGCUCCUAGAGGAGUACUAUGCCAAUAUGCACCCUCGGUUCCCGCUACUGCUCGAUCCAGAUACCGUAGUCUAUAGCUACGAGAAAGCACCUUUAUUGUUCUGGACCGUAGUGGCAAUUGCAAGCAAAGACUCGGACAAGUAUGCAUCGGACUACGCUCGGUUACAGAUUCUUGUACGGCAGCUGGUUGCAGACAUCAUCCUCCUGGGUACGAGGUCUAUCUACCUUGUUCAAGCUUUACUUUUACUAUGUGCGUGGUCGUUCCCACAUACCGAUAUGAGCAAGGAGCCGUUUUCCAUGUACUGCUCUGUGGCAAUUUCCAUGGCGCGGUCUCUGGGCUUGCAUCGUCCACAGCAUCCAUAUAUUUUAUUUGCGGCGAAGACAGCGGAGAUUGGGACACUGGAAACUCGGACGUCAACAUGGUUGUCUUGCUUUAUUGUUGAUCAAUGGCACACUGCACGAUUUGGAGUCCCAGGCUCUAUUAGGAUAGACCAUACAGUCCUUCACGCCCUGAAUGGCUCUAUGGCCUGGUUACCUGCGACUACAAAGAUCCAACUUCACAUCGCCCUAAUCACCUCAAAAAUAUCAACUGCCCUAGGAGAAUGCGAGACGUCGUCCACCGGCCUCGCGCCAGAUCCUCUCCCAUUUAUACGAAUGUUUGAAUCCGAGCUCUGCAUGAUCCAAGAUAAAUAUUCGUCUAAAUGGUCUCCCGCUGAUGAAGUGUCCUUCCUCGACGCCCGGCUCAGCUUAUACUGCUACGCUCUCGGGAAGAAGGCUGACCAUCUGAACGCCCUUCACCGAGAAAAAGAGCAUGAACUUAUCACUCAAGGAACCAUCACAUGUACACAACUCCUAACCAUCGUGACAACAUUCCCCGACACGCUGCGAAAGGGCACAAUCCACGUAUUCCGCCCGGCAGGGUACGCCGUCUUCUUCCUCCUGCGCAUUCUCGGCACAGCACCAAGCGAGCUUAUAGACGGCACAACCAUCAGAAACAUAAUCAGACAGACCUUUACACUCAUGAGGCAGAUAUCUCAAACAUCCAACGAUCGACGGUCCCAAUGUAUGCGGGCUUGCAGGAUCAUCGAACACAUGCUGGACUGCGAAGACUGGAACGAGAACGCAGAAACGCCCUUCCUCGGUAAGGCGGAGUCGUUCAUGGGUAUGAAUUUUGUCGCGGAUGUUGCGGCCAGGGGGAUUCUCAAGGCGUAUAAAUAUACGCGGCAGGCUGUUGCUGCGCGGAUGGAACGGGAACGGGAUGGUGGUGGCAAUCGCGAUUCAAGGCAGGCCGAACCUGCAGGGAUUCAGUCAGACGCAGGCUCGCAGUUUGACCUUGACUUCUCGAUAUGGGAUCCCAUGGAAUGGCCUGUUAAUUGGCAGGAUGGCGAUGAUUUCCUAUUUCCCAGUAGCAGUCUAGGUGCAUCUUAAUUGAUCGUUUAGUGGGCAUUAACCAAAUGCGACUAUCUUAUACGAACAAAGAGAUCUGCCAUCCGCUCCGACCCGCCGAUCCUACAGACUCAAUAAGCAAUAAG